CCCCCCAGCCCCCCGCACACUAUCCGUGACGUCAAACCAGCAUGGCGGUCAAGGUGACUUCGGCAUCGUUUCCUUUGCAAUUUGCAACCCCUACUUCCGUCAUUUCUCUUGGUGUUUUGCUCGUUUUCGUGUGUAGGAACAGUCGAAGCGAGUGUGUGCCAGACGAGCGGGCGUCGUGCUCGGAGCUGCCUUGUAGCAUCACCGGGCUAGCUGACGCCCGGCGGCCGGUCGGCGGCUGCUGGCCUUGAUGACACUUCCCAACAGGCUGGAGGGAGGAUAGCUCCGUAAUGCUAACCAGCUGUGCAAUCAACCAAACGCGGGGAUCCAAGUGAGCUCAAAGCAAUCUUCCAGAAGUAUGCCAGCGAAGUGGACAAGGAUGGAGACAGGUUCAUGACCCCUGGAGACUUUGUCCAGAAGUACCUGGGACUGCAAACACAGCUCCAUCACAACCCCAAAACUGUACAACUGCUGGCUGCUGUGGCCGACACCACCAAGGACGGGCUCAUCUCUUUCCAGGAGUUUCUUGCUUUUGAGUCCGUCUUGUGUGCACCUGACGCUCUCUUCAUAGUUGCCUUCCAGCUCUUUGACAAGACUGGAACUGGAGACAUUUCCUUUGAAAAUGUACGGGACAUUUUCAGCCAGACCACCGUGCACCACCACAUUCCCUUCAACUGGGACUGUGAGUUCAUCCAUUUGCACUUUGGCCACGACCGCAAGAAACGUCUCAACUACCUCGAAUUCACCCAAUUCCUGCAGGAGCUGCAGUUGGAGCAUGCUCGGCAGGCCUUUGCCCAGAAGGACAAAGGGAAGAAUGGAGUCAUCUCCGCCUUGGACUUCUCUGACAUUAUGGCCACCAUCAGGCACCACAUGCUCACACCCUUUGUGGAGGAGAACCUCGUCUCGGCAGCUGGAGGCAGCACCUCGCACCUGGUUAGCUUCUCUUACUUCAACGCCUUCAACUCCCUCCUCAACAACAUGGAGCUGAUCCGCAAAAUCUACAGCACACUGGCCGGCUCCUGGAAUGACACGUUGGUCACCAAAGAGGAGUUUGUUCAUGCUGCCAACAAGUUUGGUCAAAUCACGCCAAUGGAGAUUGACAUCCUUUACCAGUUAUCAGGCCUGCACUCCCCCUCUGGGCGCCUGAAUCUUGCCGAUAUUGAGAGAAUCGCUCCCCUGGAAGAAGGAAGUCUUCCAUAUAACCUGGCUGAAACCCAAAAACAGACUCAGGCUCAAGGGGACAGUUCGAGGCCUGUGUGGCUGCAAAUUGCAGAAUCUGCUUACAGGUUCACUUUGGGCUCUAUUGCUGGAGCGACGGGCGCCACGGCUGUGUACCCAAUCGAUUUGGUGAAGACCCGAAUGCAGAACCAGAGGUCCACAGGUUCGUUUGUCGGGGAGCUGAUGUACAAGAACAGCUUUGACUGCGCUAAGAAAGUACUCCGCUACGAAGGCUUCUUUGGCUUCUACAGAGGUCUGGUUCCUCAGCUCAUUGGCGUGGCGCCUGAGAAAGCCAUCAAACUCACUGUGAAUGACUUUGUACGAGACAAGUUCACCGACAAGGACAACUCAAUCCCUUUGCUCGCAGAGAUCUUGGCUGGCGGCUGUGCUGGAGGCUCCCAGGUGAUCUUUACUAACCCUCUGGAGAUAGUGAAAAUCCGUCUGCAGGUGGCAGGCGAGAUCACCACCGGGCCUCGAGUUAGCGCGCUCAACGUGGUGCGAGACUUGGGCUUCUUUGGACUCUACAAGGGAGCUAAGGCCUGUUUCCUGAGGGACAUCCCCUUCUCCGCCAUCUAUUUCCCCGCCUACGCCCACCUCAAGUCUACAAUGGCUGACGACCAAGGUCGGCUCGGCCCCUUGCAGCUUCUCACGGCUGGAGCAAUUGCGGGCAUACCUGCAGCCUCGCUCGUGACGCCAGCUGACGUCAUCAAGACUCGUCUGCAAGUGGCCGCCCGGGCGGGUCAGACCACCUAUUCCGGAGUCAUUGAUUGCUUCCGGAAGAUCAUGCGGGAGGAAGGAUUCCGAGCUCUUUGGAAGGGAGCCGGAGCUCGUAUGUGCCGGUCCUCCCCCCAGUUUGGCGUGACUCUGGUGACGUAUGAACUCUUGCAGAGGUGGUUCUAUAUUGACUUUGGAGGACAUCGCCCGUCAGGAUCCGAGCCCACGCCCAAGUCUCGCAUCUCGGAACUCCCUCCCAUCAAUGCCGAUCACGUGGGAGGCUACCGUCUGGCUGCCGCCACCUUCGCUGGAGUGGAGAACAAAUUUGGGCUCCACCUGCCCAAAUUCAAGUCUUCGGGUGUGGUGUCCAUCCACCCUCCAGAGCCCGCUGCUGCUCCCGCUCAGUCCCCUUAGGGAAGGUCUGAGUGUUCAUAUCGCUUCUCCAUCCUGCCUCCCCCAACGUCAUCCUCCUUCUCCAGGGGUCGGGCAAGAAGAUAUUUUACAACAAUUAAAAAAACGCUGCCUCAAUUUCAGUGUACCCCAAAUCACCGGGGUGGGGGUGGGCCGUAGAUUCAAGAACGGCAGCGUAUGUGUCAACAUGGUGUGGCCCCAUCCCUCAGCUAAUCGUGGAGCAGCAACUUGUCACCUUGCAGACUUCAGCACUGUGUUGACUUGUGGAAUCGUCAUCGCGCACUCCAGAAUUCCUAGGAGACAGCCUUACGCACUAUUCUGAGUAGCUGUGAUUUUUGCUCUUUCUUUUCAUCUGAUACUCUUUGUGAGUAAGGCUGGGGUAUAGAAAGUGAUUAACUUGGUAAGCAGUGUGAUGUGUGUAGGGUUGCAAUGGGCGGGGCGUAGUUUCUGAGUAAUUUCCAUGGGAAUUUUUAGCUAUGGGACAUUGGCAAAUUAUAUAAUAUAAAAGUUGGGGGAACUGAUAUGGUAUUACUGUACUUUGAAUUUGGCUGUUCCCCAACUCAAGUAAAAUUCCAUAUUAAGAGCCAACCUGAAAUUUUGUAAAUUCCUGGCUUCUCUCCAUGUCAAGUUUCAACCUUUGAAAAUGUGCAGAAUUUUGCAACCCUAGUCGCGUGUGAGUCCACACUCACAGGAGAAUGAACACUGUACAUAUUGUAAACGUCAUAUGCAUAGGACGGCGUAAGAUGCAGUAUGCGUAAUGGAGUACUGUACAAAACUGCCGAGACAGAACUGUUACGAGGCGACAUCCACUGAUGCAUGGUGUGCUUAUUGUAAUGUUACGGAAAGAAAGUUAUGCUUACUGGUGUACAGACCUCUGUAUUCAUGAAAUUAGGUAUUAUUGAAUGAUGUGCUUAUAAAUAGUCAUUUUAGUCAAAUAAAUCAUCCAUGUGGUUUUAAUUAUACAAAAAA